CGUCUCCCUCGUCAGACACGGGCGCCCUAUUGCCUCUGCACAACGACUGGAGCGCUGGAAACGGAGCAGAAGAGAUGCGCAGAAUGUAAAUCUCAGCUCAAAAGUCUCCCGUCCUCUUGUUUGGGAGUGAUUCAAGCGCCGUGUUACCGCGGAGAGACUACAGCACCGUUGUGUCCGGCAGUUCCUGAGAAACCGGAGCUCUGAGAUUCGUGGGCUAAUUGCGUGGGUGCUUCGGGGAAUACAGAGAGGAAGAGCAUCUCUUUCUUGCAGCGACAGGAGAUACAUAUUUUGUGUAUUUGGUCUGCUGGACAGAGGUACACACACUCGACUGCUGAUCUGUGGACGCUGGUGUAACCUACUCUCGGCGCCUCUCCCUGGACUCUGGCUCAUUGAGCUUGCAUACCCAGUUGUGGAAAUGGUUCCGUUAUCAAUCUGCUGUAAAGACAGCCCAUAGCACCGGUUCUAUUCAAUUCAUACAUGCAGUGGGAUAAAUGAUAAACUCAAAGGUUGGUCUUCUAAUUUCAUGAAAAAGAGGAAAACAGCACUUAUUUCAGCAGUUUGAUUAAGAGUCUUGUAUUCAAGGGAAAAGCAUUCCAUUCACAAUUGGAUGAGAGUCUUAUUUGCCCUUGGCAACUGAAGAUGAUGUUACUAUGGAAACGGCUUGUGCUCCUAUCAAUCAUUGGCUGCCUUACAGGUUAUGCAGAAGAUGAAAUGUUCCAAGGCCCAACCUGGAGGAUGGAACCUAGUGACCUAGUUCUUCCCAUCGAUUCCCCAGACCAGGAGAUCACAAUAACAUGUGAAGCAGCAGGAACUCCUGCUCCACAGUACAGAUGGUCCCUAAACGGAACGCUCAUCGAUCUCGGAAGUGACUACCGGCGUCACAUGUCUGGGGGCAGCCUGAUCAUUAAUGGUCUGGACAGAAACCAAGAUAUGGGAACAUAUCAGUGCAUUGCUUUCAACCCACGAGGAACCAUUCUUAGCAGGAAAGCAAAUCUACAGUUUGCAUACAUAGAAAAUUUUAAAACCCAAACAAGGAGUGCUGUCUCAGUUCGAGAAGGACAAGGGGUAGUUUUGUUAUGUGGGCCACCUCCACAUUCUGGAGAGCUUACUUUUGCAUGGGUCUUCAAUGAGUACCCAUAUUUUGUCCAACAAGACAGUCGUCGCUUUGUGUCUCAGGAAACAGGGAAUCUGUACAUUGCAAAGGUGGAGCCCUCGGAUGUGGGCAACUACACCUGUGUGGUGAUCAACAGUAUCACGAAAGGAAAAGUCCUCAGUUCCCCUACACCUCUGGUCCUGAGGACAGAUGGAGCAAUGGGCGAAUACGAGCCAAAAAUAGAACUCCACUUCCCAGACACCGUUCCGGCUGCAAAGGGGUCGGUAGUUAAACUGGAGUGCUUCGCUCUGGGAAACCCAGUCCCCGAAAUAACCUGGAGGAGAACAAACGGGGUUCCGUUUCCAGGCAAAGUGAAAAUGAGGAAAUCCAAUGCUGUCCUGGAAAUCCCCAGUUUUCAGCAGGAUGACAUGGGGACUUACGAGUGCAUAGCGGAGAACAGCAGGGGCAAGAACACGGCACGUGGCCGUCUCUCCUUCCAUGCAAAACCCCAUUGGACCCAGACAACGAGAAACACAGCUCUGUCGAUUGAGGAGAGCCUCUACUGGGAGUGCAAAGCCAAUGGGAAACCUAAACCUUCAUACAGUUGGCUGAAGAAUGGGGAGACUCUACACACUGAGAUUGCUGUGUCUAAUUUACAGGGCCGAGUGCAAAUCGAAAAUGGAGCCCUUUCGAUAUCGUCUCUAAACCUGUCAGAUGCUGGGAUGUAUCAAUGUGUGGCUGAAAACAAACACGGCAUUAUUUAUUCUACUGCUGAGCUAAUGGUGUUAGCCUCGUCACCCACUUUCUCCAAGCACCCAUUACAGUCAUUGCUUAAAGCACGCUCAGGCAGUGAGGUCACCCUAGAGUGCAAGCCCCAAGCUUCACCCAAAGCAAUUAGCUUGUGGAAGAAGGGGAAUGAGAUUCUGCGCAGAAGUGAAAGAAUCGCUCUCCUUCCUGAUGGAACUCUGAGGAUCUCCAAUGUCACCAAGAAGGAUGGCGGGAGCUACACCUGUGUAGCCAGAAACCAGUUUGGAGUUGCAAGCACAACUGGGAGACUGCUAAUCACUGAGCCAACAAGGAUCACUCAGGGCCCAACGAACAUGGAGAUCAUUGUAGGGGAGAGCAUUGUGCUGCCCUGCCAGAUUGCCUGUGACCCAGCCCUUGAUGUGUCCUUCACUUGGGCUUUUAAUGGACAGCUUAUUGACUUCAACAAGGAUGGGGAUCAUUUUGAAAGAGUCGGAGGGAUUAUUGCUGGCGAUUUGAUGAUCAGAAACAUACAGCUGAAUCACGGUGGAAAGUACGUCUGCAUCAUUGAUACAGAUGUGGAGAGUUUGUCAGCUGCUGCAAUCUUGAUUGUGAAAGGUCCUCCAAGCGCUCCGGACAGUGUAGCAGUGGAGGAGAUCACAGACAGCACAGCCCAGCUCUCCUGGAGUCCUGGCAGAGAUAAUGGAAGCCCCAUCACCGGCUACAUCAUCCAGGCGAGGACCCCGUUUACUGUGGGAUGGCAGGCGGUUGAUACAGUUCCGGAAGCCAUUGACGGAAACACUCUGACGGCGACUGUGGUGGAUCUGAAUGCCUGGGUGGAGUAUGAGUUCAGGGUGGUGGCCAGAAACAGUGUGGGAAUGGGGGAGCCCAGCCCUCCUUCCAUCAAGACUAGGACAGAGGAUGCUGUCCCUGAUACAGCUCCCACGGACGUCGGAGGCGGGGGUGGCACCAAAUCAGAAUUAGUAAUAACAUGGGAGCCCGUGCCCGAGGAACUGCAAAAUGGCGAGGGCUUUGGGUACAUCAUUGCCUUCCGUUCCCUGGGCGCGGUUACCUGGACGCGCGCUGUCAUCUCAACCCCUGGGCUGGCCCGCUACGUGUACAGAAACGACAGCAUCCCGCCGUUCUCUCCUUUCGACGUUAAGGUUGGAGCGUACAACAACAGAGGGGAGGGGCCCUUCAGUUCAAUAGCCACAGUGUUCUCUGCAGAGGAAGUGCCAAGCAUCGGUCCUGAGAGAGUUGUGGCUAGAAGUAUUUCUGCAUCGCAAAUUGAAGUAGCCUGGGCAGCCUUGCCUCCGAUUUCGGAAAGAGUCCUUGGAUACGAGGUGAUAUAUUGGGAAGAUGAUACCAAGCCUGAAACUGUGGGGAAAAUGAGAAUCUCUGGAAAUUACUCUUCCCUUAACGUCAGUGGGCUCAAAGGAAGCAGUCAGUAUUUUUUAGCCGUCAGUGCUUUUAACACUGCCGGAACUGGCCCUCAGUCCGGGUCUGUCAACGCCACCACUAAAAAGCCACCCCCAGGACAGCCCCCACUGAAUAUAGAGUGGACUCUGAUUGGCUCUCAGCUCACCCUUCACUGGGAUCCUGUCAUUGCCUUGGAGACCGAGUCAGAAGUCACUGGAUACCAAGUCUCAUACAGAAGACAGCGACAUGGUGAUGUGAACGCAAUCACCACUAACAGAACUACAGCAGAACUGACCCUUUCUGCCAAUGACGACUAUCUCGUCCAGGUCAAAGCCUUAAGUGAAGGAGGAGAGGGAGUAGGAAGUGAACCUAUCCAUAUUCACAAAUUAAGCAUGGGUGCGCGAGGCUCAGGAGCAUCGGAGUCCAUCUCCCUUUGCCUUGCACUGCUCUUCAUCACAGUCGUCUCCACAUUCAGGUCCAGUUUCAUCUGAGCGCUGAGACAAAGGUCUCCAGCUUCAUCUUAGCAUUUUCUUUACUCAAAAUGUGUGAGCAGAGAUAUGUUCACCCCUCUAUGGUUUUAUGUAUAUUUAUGCAUCUGAACUGAAAUUCUAAUUCAUACAAAAAAAUACUAAUAAUAAUAUGGAUGGCAAGUAUGACAUAACGGGGUAAUGCAUAUUGUAAUUUGAAAUGUUAAAAAAUACCACGAAUAAUAAAUUUGCAUGCAUGUUCUUAUGCACUGUAUCACCUUAUGUCAUAUUUGUGCCAUCACACUAGUGUAUGAAAAGGUUUCAAGAUAUUUAUGCCAACUAUACAUAUUUCCAUACAGGAAUACUGAUGUCAACAUUACUAAUUUAUUUGCCUCGAGGAUCCUUGAAAAAUACAAAUGCCUUAAUUCCAUUUACAUACCAAAGUAGUUGACAAAAAUGCAUAUCAUAUUUGUUUCUGUUGGUGCCAUUGUUUAAAAAAACACACUUUUAGGGUCAUUGUUUCUCACAAGUAUUCUGAUAGGUCUGAAAUAACAUCCCAGUUGAGAGUUUGUAUUGUAAUGGAUUCACCUAAAAGUUUAUGUGUGGUCAUUUAAGGUUGUCUGAGAUGAUAUGAUGAAAAUCUUUCUAAAUUCUUAAUUUUAAUGGAUUGCAUUUAAGAUUAAUGGAGUGGCAACAGUGUAAAUCAUCAAAUAUGUCAAUGUGUGAACUCUUUAAAUACCCUUGUCUUUAUGUGGAAGCCAGUACCAGGCAGCAAACCUGCCAACUGUAAUUGGAACUAUUUCAGCCCCUAAUUAGCUAAACGAGGUGGUAAAAUGCAAAAAGCGGCCAAAGUUUGCCACUUUGUCAUCUGUGUGAUUUGUUUUGCUAAAAUUGGAUAGAUCAGCUUAGCUUUAUGACCCAGACAUUGAGGUGUUUGCCAGAUGGAGUAAAAGCAAAAUACAAUUUAAAAAUGAACACAAUGUAUGCCAUUUAUAUGUAUGUCUUUAUUAACAGGGACCAGGGCUAGAAACUAGUACAAUCACCUGUGCCUCUAAACAAACUCACAACUAUUGUCUCAUAAUAAAAUAUGUCCUUAAAGAUUUUACAAAAAAUGAAGAUCCUCCUCACUGCACAUUUGGUCAAAUGUAAUAUUUUAUACUGUGCUUUUUGGUUUAUAUAUUAUAAAAGCAUAGUAUGGUAUAUAUUCUGUGCACAGUGAAGUGUUCUCUGAAUUUAAGUCUAUAGAGCAUCUGCAUGAUGUUUUUUUCAUGUUUUAUUUUUAUUUUAUUUUUUUCUUAAGACUCACUUUUGGUUCGAACACCACCCCUUUCAUAAUAUCACCAGUAAUUUGCUUGGGCCUGCAUCAAUGACACAGAAAAUUACAACUUAAACUAAAACUAGUGCCUUCACUAGAAAAUAUGUGUAUGACUCAAGUUACUUGGGAGAGCCAUAAAUUCCAACCUUAUCAGUGAUAUUUAACUAAGCUAAGUUAGAAGGCUAAGAGCACAGAUGUGAAAUGCAUUAAUGAUAACAGAGUGCUUAUUAAAGAUGCAGAUACUGAUAAUCACAAAAGCAUUGAAUGCUGGGCUGACAGGAGAGAUGGACUGGGAAUUCCUGGAAAGUACCUUCUGUACAUGUCUGGUCAACUGCACACCCCAGCACAAUAAAUGUAAGCCCAGAUCCAUGGUGUGAUUUAUGAGCUGUUAUCUAAAUAAAAUACACUAUGGCGGGGGAAAUCAAAAUGAAAUAAAAAAUGGGAAAAUUCUAGAAAAUGUAUUGGGAUCUACUAGAAGAACCACAGCAUGUCAUGACAGUACCGGACACAUGGAUGGACAGUGAAAGAGUUAACAGGAAGGCUUUUCCUGGAUGCUUCUGUGACCGGGUUGCACGUGGACUCCUGUUUUGUUACAUGUGGUGUGGCAAAGCCGUUCACUCAGAGAGACUGUGCCUUCCAACCUGGCUUUGCUUUGACAACAUUUCGGGCAACGGCCGUGCAUUUGCACUUGUUUUCAAAGUCGAACGAAAGCACAAGGAAAUGAACCAAGGUGACACGAUGUCCCGCGGUGUUCAGCCACUGGAACAAGGCCCGCGGGCCCCUGAGGCCUCCGGAGCCCGCACAGCGCUCGCCAUGGCUGUCCUAUCUGCUCCUCCAGUGCUUUCGCCGAGGCCUGUGUUCCUUGAUUAGACUGCCGCAGCCGAGUCAAUGGGGUAUUGAUUUUUCUCUCCUAUUAUUGCAGCUGUCACAAUUCCGACGGCUGAUUGACUGAUGCCACUGUCCUGCUGUGGGUGUUGCUAGGUUAUGGUUUCAUAUGUCCUCCUGCUUCCCUAUCUCUGUUCUUCGACUUAUUUUUAGAACGGCAUUGCAUACCAAAACUUAUGUUUAACAUGACUUUCACCCUUUUAACCAAUGAAAAUAUUAAACUAUGGAAAGACAAAAAACAACAAAAAAA